AUGUUCUUCGCAGCUCCAACUCCUGCUGUCUUCCGAUCCGUGGUGAAUCCUAAAAAGGACCAAAGACUUAUUCGUCUUUCGGGAUUACCUAGAUCUGCGAAACCUGCGGAUGUGCUCCGGCUCGCGAGACACUCGUUAAAUGAUGAAGGCUCGGUGAUGAAUGUUGCGGACGCCAAAUUGGAAUACUGGCGUUUCGUACCCACCGGACGAGCGUACAUAUCAAUGCGUUCGGACCACUACGUCGAUGCUGCCUACAGGGCAUUGAAGAAAACGCAGAUGUCGUCGCUCCCUGUCAGAGCGUUCUACGUUUCCGCUGCUGAAACACAAAGACGCAUGCGUGGACGGAAAGGACGUUUCGAUGCCGCUGACCGCGCGGCGUUUGAUGGUAUUGGUAUUGGUGGGGGUGUGGAACCGAAGGGAUGUGACGUGGUGUUGUAUGGGCUGCCUCCGGACACUGCUGCUCCUGCUUUGAGACUUUAUUUGAAGAGGAACAGGUUGGUUGGCGUUGCGUCUAAUGGAGAGCCGGCUUGCGAUGUACUGAAAGUGGAUCAACCGGAACGAAAGUCAUUCACUAGCAUUUCAAAGCAUUUGAUACGAUUGAACUCGCCUGCGGAGGCGCAUGCUUUCGUGAGGAAGAUGCACAUGACGUAUUUCUUGCCUGAAGUUUGGUCCAAUAGGUUUUUGUUACAAGCUAGAGUAGUAUAUUAAUUU